AAAUCCGCUGCUUUCCCAUUCCAAUCGGCAAGGCGCAACAUGGCGGACUAGGAGAGGCGGCACGACGGCGCCCGGAUACAGCGAGUAAAACGCGGGAUACAGGCACCCGGCGUUGUGGAGAGCACAAAUACGGAUCCCGGUGGAAAAGAAGAGGACGCAGGGCGAAAAACAGGACACUUUAUGGCUUGUUUGGACAUGUAAUUUUGAGCUAGGUUCCGAGCGGGCCGCGUACAGCACAACCUCGGCACUCGGGGUGAGGAGGAGUCCGGGGCCGGGACAGUGAGUGCUGGAUACCAACUUCACAAACACAUAAUAACGGUGUACAGUGUGAGAACACGGGCGCUGAGUCACUGUGCGAAUGAGUGAGUGAUGCAGAGCACUUUUUUGCAGGGCAGUAUGGGUCUGUGUCCCCUGCUCCUGUUGUGUACCUUGGCCACUGCUUGGGCCCAGGAAUCAGUUGUGCUUUCAGAUCAGAAUCAGAUUGUGACACCCAAACCUUUAACUCCACCUUCUCCCACAGCACACAAUCUUACUCAAGACCCUGCCCCUUCGUCCACAACCCCACCCACCAAACAGCCUGUCAUCAUUAACACCACAAAAGUAACAGCAGAGAUGCCAUCUCCAGGAGUCCCCAUGCCCCCUCGUACCCCUGCUCCAGUUCUGCCUCCUGACACCAAUCACACCAGUGCUCCGCCCCCUGAGCCUACCACUGUUAGAGGAGGAGGGACGGAGGACAAAAUCUUAACUGUUCGUCCCGUAACCCUGCCUGUUCCUUCCUCAACUGAGGGCCCUUUUAAUACGACCCUCUCCACCAAAAUUUAUCCUGGUUCUUAUAAUAACACAACUCCAAACACAAGCCUUUCUCCUAGUGUUGAACCCAGCAUGACCUCUAACCUGCCUGAAAUCAGCACCACACCAUACAUCAGCAUUCCUCCAGGUGGAGGUGGUGAAGACACAGCGAUCAUUGCAGUGACGGUGGCCUUAUCAUCUCUGCUGGUCAUCAUCUUCAUCAUCAUCAUCCUCUACAUGCUCAGGUUUAAGAAGUACAAGCAGGCAGGAAGUCACUCAAACUCUUUCAGACUGACCAAUGGCAGGACGGACGACACAGAGCUUCAGAGCGUGCCGCUAUUGGCUCGCUCGCCCAGCACAAACAGGAAGUACCCGCCCCUUCCAGUGGACAAGCUUGAGGAGGAAAUGAACCGUCGCAUGGCUGAUGACAAUAAACUGUUCCGGGAAGAAUUCAAUGCGUUGCCAGUUUGCCCCAUCCAAGCCUCAUGUGAUGCCGCCUCCAAAGAGGAGAACAAGGAAAAGAACCGCUAUGUCAACAUUCUGCCCUAUGAUCACUCCAGGGUACAUCUCUCCCCUCUAGAGGGCGUCCCAGACUCAGAUUUCAUUAACGCCUCUUACAUUAACGGCUAUCAGGAGAAGAACAAAUUUAUAGCUGCCCAAGGGCCAAAAGAGGAGACGGUGAACGAUUUUUGGAGAAUGAUCUGGGAACAGAACACUGCCACCAUUGUUAUGGUGACCAACCUUAAGGAGCGAAAGGAGUGUAAGUGUGCUCAGUACUGGCCGGAUCAGGGCUGCUGGACAUAUGGGAACAUCCGUGUUUCUGUAGAGGACAUGACCGUGCUGGUGGACUACACUGUACGCAAGUUCUGUAUUCAGCAGGUUGGGGACGUAUCAGGGAAGAAGCCUCAGAGACUGGUGACUCAGUUCCAUUUUACCAGCUGGCCAGAUUUUGGUGUGCCCUUUACCCCCAUCGGAAUGCUAAAGUUCCUUAAAAAGGUUAAAACAUGCAACCCACAGUAUGCUGGGCCCAUUGUGGUGCACUGCAGUGCUGGUGUCGGGAGGACAGGGACCUUCAUCGUAAUCGAUGCAAUGUUGGACAUGAUGGCUGCCGAGAGGAAAGUGGAUGUGUUUGGCUUUGUCACAAGGAUCCGAGCCCAGCGCUGCCAGAUGGUCCAGACCGAUAUGCAGUACGUAUUUAUUUUCCAGGCUCUGUUGGAACACUACCUGUAUGGAGACACAGAGCUGGAGGUUACCUCUCUAGAGUCUCACCUGGCCAAACUCUAUGCUCCUUUACCUGGAGCCGGCUGUGGUGGGCUGGAGGCGGAGUUUAAGAAACUCACAUCUAUAAAGAUCCAGAAUGAUAAAAUGAGAACAGGGAACCUUCCCGCCAACAUGAAGAAGAACCGUGUGCUUCAGAUCAUUCCAUAUGAGUUUAAUCGAGUGAUCAUUCCUGUAAAGCGCGGUGAGGAGAAUACAGACUAUGUCAAUUCUUCCUUCAUUGAUGGCUACAGGCAAAAAGACUCGUACAUGGCGAGUCAGGGCCCACUGCAGCACACCAUCGAGGACUUCUGGAGGAUGAUCUGGGAGUGGAGGAGCUGCUCUAUUGUGAUGCUCACUGAGCUGGAGGAGAGAGGACAGGAGAAGUGUGCUCAGUACUGGGCCACUGAUGGAGUGAUGGUGUGUGGUGAUAUGUCCAUUGAGAUGAAGAGAGAGGAGGAAUGUGAGAGUUACACUGUCCGUGAUCUGCUCGUCACCAACACCAGAGAGAAUAAAGCCCGUGCUGUGCGUCAGUUCCACUUCCACGGCUGGCCUGAGGUGGGGAUCCCAGCCGACGGUAAAGGCAUGAUCAACAUCAUUGCUGCCGUGCAGAAGCAACAGCAGCAGUCUGGAAACCACCCAAUCACAGUGCACUGCAGCGCCGGCGCAGGUCGUACGGGCACAUUUUGUGCUUUGAGCACGGUUCUGGAGCGUGUGAAGGCAGAGGGCAUUCUAGACGUCUUUCAGACAGUGAAGAGCCUGCGACUGCAGAGACCACACAUGGUGCAGACACUGGAGCAGUAUGAAUUUUGCUACAAAGUUGUCCAGGAAUACAUCGAUGCCUUCUCCGACUAUGCCAACUUUAAGUAGGGACCCUACUGCGUGAGCGAUGUGCACAGAAUCUCACACACACACACACACACAGUUACACAUGCAAGCUCAGCACUGGACUGACUGCAAUCGCAGAAAAGGGAACAAGGACAGAAGAGGAUGAGCAGGAUGGCAAUUUUUUCAGAAGAGGACAAAAAAAAAAACACGCCGCCUUGAGUAUUUUGUAAUUUUGUGUAUUGUCUUGAUAUAUUUUUGCCAGUGUAAAUACACUUCCCCAUCAUUUAUUUGUUUUUAGAUGCAAGUUUUAGUGUGACCUUUUUUUUCCUAAUGUAGUUUACAGGAAUAAGAAUAUAAACAUAGAUAUAUGACUCUAAAUUGGUUUUGAGUUGAACAGCUGGAGCAUCUUUCUUUCCCCCCACCCCCUUUUUCCCCCCCUUUGUGGAGCUGGGGGUUGGACACCCGACAACUCGAUCCUGUUUUGCUUGCAGCCGUAAUUUUGUCUCACUUACACAAGUAACACAACACAAGGUAUAUACGUUAUACGCUUUCUUAAAAUCUCGAGCAUCGAGCAGGUUUAUGUUGGAGAAAGUAGGGUGAGUUGUUCCUCCUGAGCUAGCAGCAGUGUAUGGGAUCAGGUACUUUACAUCCCAGGUUCUCAUGGAGGACCAGAUCGAAACCAACACAUUAAUUAAGUCUGUCACUUCAGAAAAACAUUCAAACUGCUUUUUGAACACUUCAAUAUCUGAGCACCGUUUUCCUUCAGCACAAGUGAGUGUUAGUUGUUUCUUAUAAAUAUAUUUAGUCUGUGAGAGAGUGACUCGUGUGAUUCUCCAAAAUGUUUGAACAGGUGCUUCUUUUCUUAGCAAACAAAAUGUUUGCCUUGAAGAUUGAAACAAUUUUGCUUUCACACAGUCAAAAGUGCCAUCAGAGAGAAUGUGGGUAUAAAAAUAGUUUGACCUUCUUACUUCUCAGACCAAACCUUACAAAUAAACAGUUAGCCCUGACUUGGUGUUCAGUCAGUGUUAGGUGUCUCAGAGUUGAACACAUUUUCAGAGACUUAGACGUUUCUCCUCAUGAGCAAGAGCACAACCAAUGAGGAUGAAGGAAAUAAAAAAAAAAGUUGUUACUGAUUAGCAGGACUGAAUGUGAUGACAGGUCAUGGUUCUGUUUGUGUCCAUCUGUCUGGCCCUUCUUACUAUUUUAUCAUUAGCACUUGUGUGUGAAGCAGUUCUUUAACACUCCACCGAGCCAGUCAAAUGGAAAACUAGCAAGAACCCUUUUUUGUUUUUUUUUGUUUUUUGUUUUUACACUAAUAACUUUGCUUGUUUACGUGGCUUUUGAGGUUGAGCAAAGGAAACUAAACUGUUGCCUAGUUACAGCAAAAUGGGUUUUGUUUCUUUUUGCAUUCCUCUUUGCAAGGUGUCAAAGGCCACUUUUGAGCAGCUGUGAAUAAACCAAUACCCCAAACAUCUCGACCAACAAAUGCACGGAAUUGUACCUCGACUAACAGAACACCUACAGGUGAAUUAACAGUGUUCAGGAUUGUCGAUUUUCAGCUCGCUUCAGUCUGAUCAGUGCUGUGUAGGAACUCCAUAGACGUCAUAGAGUCAGAGCCUGCACACUGCUGAUGAGGAAGUGAACCCUGAGGAUGUCAGACUAAGUAAAUAAAAUAAAGAAAUUCAGGGUUUAAUGUAAAGGAACUCUGGCAAGUUCCUCUUCUACUUAUAUAUAAAUUUGAGGUUAAUCUCUAUAGAGCUGUAGUGUGUGUGUGUGACCAAAACACCCAAAACAUUUUCCCCUCACGAAACCUGUUGCAAUUACAUUACAAAAAACGCUGGAUUUUUUUAUUUCAUCUUAAACACUGUGCCAAUACACACACUGAGUAAAUAACCCCACUCAAACUUUUUACCCCUUCUUAAACAGGCUCCACCCCUUUAGUUCCACCUUCCUGGAGGUGUGGCUCACUGAGCAAGUGCCUAUAUAACUCCACUGCUACAUGUGUUUGCUAUGUGCUGAAGUUCAGCUUUUACUGUUUUUUUUAUAACUUCUCAGUGGUGAAAUUUCAAACUUAACACCUCUUCAGGAAUAAUUCUUUUAAGCUGAUGUGUAUUAAAUCUCUUUUUGGUGUCCUGCUUUCAUCUGAGACCCCAAAAAAGAUCAGAUAAGAUUUCUUAACAGUUGGCAGUUAAACUACGUCCACACCAUCAAACAAUACUGAUUUCCAAAUUCUAGCUACUUUUAGCUGGGCGUCUGGCGGCGUCUGUGAGAACUCACUGUGGAAUAUUUCAGUACUUUGAGAAAGCGGCACCUUGUUCAUCUUUGAGUUCUGAAUGUUGCAUCAUUUUGUGGAAGAGGAGAAAACCUGCAGGAAGAGAAAUGUAUGCAGGACAAAACGAGAAUGAGAAAUCCCUCUAACACAGUCUUUUCAUGUCCUUGCUAUUCACGUGUGAUGCUCUUCAUCUGUUCCUACACAUAUUCACCCCUCCACCCUUUUCUCCUUCCGCCUCUGUCGAUUGGGUCAUGUUGUAUAUUUGACCCCAUUUUAACUUGAGACAUUUUAUUUCCUCCUCCCCACUUUGUCUUGUCAUUCUUUUCCUUUCCUCAUCCUAAAUGUUCCCAUGUGUACAUAACAUUAUUUAUAUUUCAUUCCUUGUCCACCACCUGGCUUAUUUUAUUUUUUUUUAUUCUUAUACACUUGUAUAAUAAACUGUACUGGGACCAUUUUUUUUGAAAGUAUUAGAAUUUUUUUCCAUUUUUUAAGUUUGGUAUUAUUAUAAUUGUCUUAAAAUCCUAUUUUUAAUUUGCAUCUGUUUUUUAUAGUGUUAUUCAAAAUUUUGAAUGUGUAUAUAAUUAUAUAUAUGAAAUAAAUGAUAUAUAAUUAUAUAAUGCUAAAUGGACGUUCUAAGCAAGGAACUGUUCGGACUUAAUAAAAAUGCUUGA